GGGAAAGGGAGGAGGGGCAGGCGCGAACCCAAGGCCCGGCCGGGCCCUGGGGCCGCGUCCAGUCGCUGUCGCCGCCGGCCACGCUGUGGGUGUCCGCCGCCAUGUCCUUCGUCCCGGUGCCCGCGAACUCGGACUUCCCGAUCCAGAACCUGCCCUACGGCGUCUUCUCCACCGCGGGCCAGCAGCGGCCCCGCAUUGGGGUGGCCAUCGGGGAGCAGAUCUUGGACCUCAGCGCCAUCUCGCACCUCUUUACCGGGCCUGCCCUCCACCAGCAUCAGCACGUCUUCCGUGAGUCCACGCUCAACAGCUUCAUGGGCCUGGGCCAGGCUGCCUGGAAGGAGGCACGAGCAUUCCUACAGGACUUGCUGUCUGCCAGCCAAGCCAGGCUCAGAGAUGACGCCGAGCUUCGCCAGCGGGCCUUUGUCUCCCAGACUUCUGCCACCAUGCACCUUCCAGCCACCAUUGGAGACUACACAGACUUCUAUUCCUUCCAGCAACAUGCCACCAACAUCGGCAUCAUCUUCAGGGGCAAGGACAAUGCGCUCAUGCCCAACUGGCUGCACUUGCCUGUGGGCUACCAUGGCCGGGCCUCCUCCGUGGUGGUGUCUGGCACCCCAAUCCGAAGGCCCACGGGGCAGAUGAGACCUGACAGUUCCAAGCCUCCUGUACAUGGCGCCUCUAAACUCCUGGAUAUCGAGUUGGAAAUGGCCUUCUUUGUGGGUCCAGGGAACCGGUUUGGGGAGCCGGUCCCCAUCUCCAGGGCCCACGAACACAUCUUCGGGAUGGUUCUCAUGAACGACUGGAGUGCUCGGGACAUCCAGCAGUGGGAGUAUGUCCCCCUGGGACCAUUCCUCGGGAAGAGCUUUGGAACCACCAUCUCUCCAUGGGUGGUGCCCAUGGAAGCCCUCAUGCCCUUCGUCCUGCCCAACCCUGAGCAGGUCCCCCGGCCCCUGCCGUACCUGUGCCACAACCGGCCCUUCUCCUUCGACAUCCAGCUCUCCGUGGCCCUGAAAGGUGAAGGGAUGCAGCAACCUGCCACAAUCUGCAGGUCCAAUUUUAAGUACAUGUACUGGACCAUGCUGCAGCAGCUUACGCACCAUUCUGUCAACGGCUGCAAUCUCCGGCCUGGGGACCUCCUGGCUUCUGGAACAGUCAGCGGGCCAGAUCCUGAGAGCUUUGGCUCCAUGAUGGAGCUGUCGUGGAGGGGCGAGAGGCCCAUCUCACUGGGUGCAGGGCAGAGCAGGACGUUCCUGCAGGACGGGGACGAGGUCAUCAUCUCAGGUCACUGCCAGGGAGAUGGUUACCGCGUAGGCUUUGGCCGGUGCACCGGAAAGGUGCUGCCUGCCCUUCCACCGGUGUGACUCCUCCACCCAGCCUUGGCUGACCCAUUGAAGCCCUGUCCAGGC